AUGGACCAUCUCUCGAAAUUUGACCUAUCCGACAUCUCCACCCCGACGCUUGCAUGUGGAGCAGCAUCUCUCGCUCUCCUUCUGGCGUACGCCAAAUCGCGAAGGUCGUCGAGACCACCCAAACCUCCAGGGCCCAAGGGAUACCCUAUCAUUGGUAACCUAUUCGACAUCCCGCAGAGACGCGUUUGGGAGGGAUACAAGGAACUAUCAGAGAAAUAUGGUGACAUGGUAUACGUCGAGGCGUUCGGACAAUCCAUAUUGGUCGUCUCCUCUCUGAAAAGAGUGAAGGACCUGUUCGAUAAACGGCAAAACAUCUACUCCGAUCGACCUUGUACGCCCAUGCUCGUCGAUCUGAUGGACUUUGGCCAUUACAUGAGCGUAAUGCCAUACGACAAUUGGUACAAACGUCACAGGAAGGUCUUCCGACAACAAGCCGAACACAACGUUGCCGCCUGGCAUCCCGUCAUCAAGUCCCAAGCAAUUGAUUUCCUCAAAAGCGUGCUGGCCACACCCGAGAACUGGAGUGUCCAUGUUAAGCAGUUGUUCAGCGCUACCGUCGUUGAAAUCACAUAUGGCGUCAAGACAUCAUCGCCCGAGGACCCAUUCACGAAGGACAUGAACCAAGUCGCCGACGGAUUCGGGGAAGCUGCUCUCCCAGGGAGGUUUCUAGUCGACGUCUUCCCGUUCCUCAAAUACGUCCCGAGUUGGCUGCCAGGUGCUGGAUUCAAGAGGUUUGCUGAAUACUAUAAAGAUCUGGACCAUAGGGCGAGGAAUAAGCCUUUUGACCACGUCCUCAAAGCCAUGAAAGCAGGAACUUCACCUCCUUGUAUGGUCUCCAACAUGGUCUCAGUCCUCCCAGAAGAGGGUAGCCCAGCGAGGUCAGAAGAGGAGCAGAUUGCUCGCAACGUAGCUUCCAUCACACAUGCAGCUGGAGCAGAAACUUCUAUGGGAACCGCAACAGCCUUCUACGUCUUCAUGGCACUAAACCCCGAGGUGCAACGGAGAGCACAGGAGGAACUCGACAGGGUCGUAGGCCCUGUGCGACUCCCAGAGAUUAACGAUAGGGAAGGCUUGGUGUACAUAACCGCCAUCCUGAAGGAAGUUCUCAGAAUGCAUCAAACGACUCCGAUGGCCCUCCCGCACUCCGCUGCGACCGACGAUAUCUACGAUGGCUAUUUCAUCCCUAAGGGAACUGUGGUACUGGGCAAUGCAUGGCAAAUCCUGCAUGACCCCGAAGUCUUCGACGAACCAUUCGCAUUUAAACCAGAAAGGUACAUCAAGGAUGGCAAGAUUGACCACACAGUCGUCGAUGCAACCGCCGCUGCGUUCGGAUAUGGCCGAAGAAUGGGGCUGACACGGUCCCGCGACUCUAGGAUCUGCCCGGGUCGCCACAUGGCAAUGGACACCUUGUUCUAUACCAUUGCGUGCACACUAGCCAUGUUCGACAUCGCCGCGCCCAAAGACGAGAACGGCGAACCCACCAUCCGAUACGAGACUACCGAUGGUGCAUUGUCACACCCCGUACCUGUUCAAUGCUUCUUGACUCCCCGAUCUCCCGAGCAUGCGAGAUACAUUCGAAGUCUAUGA